AUGCAAGAAGAGGGCGACCAAGUACAGACAUGGAAUGUCCUCUUCACGAAGAAAAUAACACAAAAGCAGAAGAGCGGCUUCAUGGAUGGUGUUGCAACAAUAACAUAUAACAGUUCUCGGAACAUUACAACCAUUACUGUUGUUGACGAGGAAGGAAAGCAAGUAACGCGCGGAAGAAUACCACCAGAUAAGUUACCAAUAGAUGAAGACUCAGAAAUUGUGGUCUCUCCUGUAUUAAUUCGCUUCAAUGACUUAGUUUCUUCAACAAACGUACCAACAAAGCCAGAACGACCACAAUCAGUACUUACAAUACAAAGACCUGGACUAAGGAGAACUAACACUCCAGGAUUCAAACCUCCAACAAGAAUUACACCAAUAAUACACGAAAAACCACCGAAACAUGAGGAAGAAGAGCCAAUACAGCCCAAGAUAAAGCAAAAGCGAGAAGUAAGCGAUGAAUUAAAGAAGUACCAAGUUCAACAUUUCAGAGGCGAAUAUCCAAAAUUAAAUGAAGAGCCAAAAGAGCAAAAAACAGUUCAAAUUGAAACUAAAGUCAUCAAAAAAGAAGAACCUACUACUUCAAGACGCAAAAAUCCAAGAACUUUUGAAGAAAUUUUACAAUUCUUUCAAAUUGACGAAAGCGAAGAAACAAAUCCACCAAAAACACCCGAGAUAUCCAAAUCUCCAGCCAAACAACACACUCCUACCAAAGAUAUCCUUAAAUCUUUACAAAGAUCUCAAUCUCUUUCCUCAUCUGAUGAAGAAAACGAUUCUUUUGUAUCACACGGUCCACAACCAAAGAUACAACCUGCAAACUUUGAUUCAGACUCAGAUCCUGACCUAAAUGAUUUAGAUGAUUCAACACAAGAAGAAAAUCCAAAAAAAGACCAAAUUCUUGAUUGUUCUCAAAUAAAAAUCGACUUAAAAUGGGAGAACACAAAGAAAAACUAUGGCCAAGCUAUUCCUGAAACAUUCCAAAAUUAUGAAGAUUACAAAACCGCUUUUAUCGAUUCCCUCACAAAUGAAUUAAAUGUCAAAAUUAGAGAAGUUUACAGACUUUACAUGGCAGGACGGUUUUCAGCGGUUUACAAACCACCAAUUUGUACUCAAAACAAAAAUCAUGGUCCGAUGAAAUUCGGUGUUGACAAAAAAGGCUUUUAUUACUAUCACUGCAACCAGUGCAAAUGUUACAAACAGAUGAAUCAAGAUACUGAAGUUCCUUUAGAUAGAAAAGUACCAAGAGCUCCAAUUGUCAUUUUUUUGAGAUCACGUGGAAUAUUUUCGAGUGAUGCAAUUUUUCAGAGAACGAAAAACAUGAAUUUCAUAAGUAUCGGUGCAACAGGAAAUACUGAGAAUGAAUUUUCUAAGGAUGAUGUUUGGAUAUUGAUUUUAGAUAACAACGAUAAAAUUUUCUGUGUGUCAAACGGUUAUGGUGUAGGAAGAGGCAACAAAAUCUAUUUGGAUGGAUUCUUUGAUGACUUAAACAGAUUCCCUAUGACAACAAAAUGUUUGGCAAUUAAGUUAUUCAACGCACAAUCAGAAAAAAGUGCAAUUAUGAAUUUGUAUAACUUAAAUCCUGAAAAUUUGCCAAUUUUGCCAGCAAUUCUGUCGGGUCAAAAAGUGUCAGAAAUUAACAUGCCAAAUAUUGAUUUAAUUUCAAUUGCUAAUCAAUUUUCUGACAAAUAUAAAUUGAAUGAAUGUCAGAAAAUGGCUUUAUUAUCUGUAGCUGAAUCAUUCAAUGGAGAAAAACCAAUUUUGUUGGUUCACGGUAUUUUCGGUGCUGGAAAAAGUCACCUUUUGUCCGUUAUUGUCACUUUUCUUGAUAAAGUAUUAACCAUGGCAAAUAGGGAUGAUAAAAUCCUGAUUGCUGCAACAACAAAUGUCGCUGUUGAUAAUGUACUUUUGAAUUUGUUAGAUGACGGUUUUGACAAUUUGACAAGAGUCGGAAGUGUCAAAAACAUGUCAAGAAAAGUAUUACCAUAUGCAACAGGAAACUCCGAUCUUGAUGAACUGAAAACUUUGCAGAGUAUGGAAAUGAACAAAGAAGUUGAACUCGCAAUCAAAAACGCACAAGAAGAGAAAAGAACGAAAACAUCAAAAAUUGACAUUUGUAGAGUUACAGGUGUAACAUGUGCUGCAUGUCAAUUUGAAUGUAUUCAGAACAAGAAAUUUACUUUUGUUUUGUUAGAUGAAUGUUCACAACAACCGGAACCAAUAUCUUUUCUUCCAAUUUCAUUCGGUUGUCAGCAAUUGAUUUGUUGUGGAGAUCCGAUGCAGUUACCUCCAACAAUUUCAAGUCAUUCGCCAUUAGGAUUAGGAAGACCUCUCUUCUCGAGAUUGAUCAGAGUUUAUCCACCUGUUAUGUUGUCUAUUCAAUACAGAUGUCAUCCAUCAAUUGCUGAUAUCUGUUCCAAGUUAUUUUAUAAAGGAAAAGUCACGUCAGGUGUCAGCGAAGAAGAUCGUCGACCUUUGUAUGAAAUGCCAACUGUUUGCCUAUUCAAUGUUGUUUCGGGAAGCGAGAAAAGCAUGCGAGGUAGCUAUAUCAAUGAACAAGAGAUCACAACAGUCAUUAGUUUAGUUCGAUGCCUAUUGAAAAGAGGAGUUCCAAAUGAUCAAAUCGGCGUAAUCUGUUUCUACAAAGCUCAAGUUGAUAUGAUACAACAGCCUUUAUGUGAUGAUGGGAAACAUCCUGUUGUCGAUGUUUCGACAGUCGAUGCAUUCCAGGGUGAUGAGAGAGAUGUCAUCAUCAUAUCAACAUGCAGGACAAACAUGUCUACUUUCGUUGAAAUGAACGAGAGAGUGAAUGUAGCAAUCUCUAGAGCAAAACGACAUUUGUUUAUAGUAUCUAAUGCACCUAAACUUCAGAGUUCUGUUAUUUGGGGAACUGUUUUCAUGUCUGCGUCGAAGAAACCGAACGAAGUAUUCAGAGUAGACCUCCCUCUUCCUUUGAUGUGGGAUCCAUUUCCUCCUCUUCUUCAGACUGAAUAA